AAUUAAAUUGAAGGUCUUAUUUUGGUCCUGCUGCGAGCAAUUUCUUUAGAACUUUCUGCCGGAAACAGAACUGAGCCAGUGUAAGAGGGCAAGAGGCCACUAUGAGGAACCCUACAUUUAUGAACACCUCCUGCGCUGUGGUCUGAAUUUACGAUUUUAUCACAAAGAUAAGAAUUGAUGGUUUGGCACGAUCCCAGAACGAUGGGGUUGAAAACCAUCAAGGUUGAUAAGAAAUUUAAACUCUCGGUUGGUAAAUUGAAGAGCAACGCUAAUGACAGUAUUUCAAAUGGUAAGAAAACUGGGAGCGGGGGAAGAAAAGCCGGUGUUAACUCUUUGGAAGGUGAGCCUGUGUAUGGAGCAAGAGGCGGGAAAGGAAAAUCAAAGCAUGAGGAUGAUGGUCGUAUCAAAACUAUAUCUUCUGUUGGGAAAAGGAAGAGAACUUCUGGUAAGGAAACAUCUUUGGAUGAUAAUGCAGUUGCAGGGUUCGGGAGCAGAAGGUCUUCUUUAGGAAAGGACACGAUUAAGCUUGAAAUUAACACCGAGCAUUCUAGAAAGAGAAGAGAAAAUGGAGAAUCUCCAGCUUCUAGGAAGACUGUUAAGGGAGAUUCAAUGCCAAGAGGAAGAAAAUCUCCGGAAAGUGAGUUCUACAGUGAGAAGAAAACAAGAGCUAAACCUAAGACGACUUCAAUGAAAGGUAAUGACUUUGAGGAUUCCAUGAGAAAAGACAAUGGUAAAAGGAUAUCUGAAGGUAGAACUAAUUCGAGAAAGAAGGAAAAUGAGCAAAAGGUUGAGCUUGUAAAUACAUUUCUUAAGAAAAAUGUUGACUGCAAAAAGGGGUUAGCUGGUGAUGUAGUCAUAAAAGAGGGACCAAGGAAGAAAAAUAAAAGAAUCCGCAUUGACCCCAAUGAUGGUUCAAACAAGAGGCUAGAUGAUGGCAUGUCUAUGAAUGAGAAUGAUAAACGUAAGAAAGAAGAUAUAGUGCAAAAAAGUAAUAAUGCUGAAAUAUCAAAGAAUGCACAGUUCCGUGCCAUUCUCCCCAGCCCUUCCAUCCUUUCCUAUGUGGAAGAGAAUCUAUUGGGCCGUAGGCGUGAAAUUGAAUUAAGAAGAGCGGGUUACAACGUGGAGCUUUCUGCCCCAUUAGAUAAUAUACCGUCGGUAUCAAGCUCAGAAAGGCAACAGAUUGAAGAACCGGUAUUCAGGAAUAAAUUGAACUUUUGCGCUGCUGCAAAGAUUUCUUCAUCUUUCCCCCCACCAGAUCUCCCAGAAAUUGCAUUUGCAGGGAGAUCAAACGUAGGAAAAUCAUCUCUAUUAAAUGCAUUGACUAGGCAAUGGGGUGUGGUACGGACAUCAGAUAAGCCUGGACUAACUCAAACUAUUAAUUUCUUCAAUCUUGGGCGAAAACUCUGUUUGGUUGAUUUGCCUGGGUAUGGUUUUGCUUAUGCAAAAGAAGAAGUGAAGGAAUCUUGGCAGGAGCUUGUGAAGGAGUAUGUCAGUACAAGGGUUGGCCUUGAGAGAGUAUGCCUUCUCAUUGACACAAAAUGGGGUAUGAAGGCUAUGGAUUAUGAACUUAUAGAAAUGAUGGAAAGAGCUAAAACGAAGUACCAGAUUAUUUUGACCAAGAGUGAUACCGUAUUUCCAAUUGAUGUGGCACGCCGUGCAAUGCAAAUUGAAGAGAGUCUGAAAGCAAACAAGUCUGUGGUUCAACCUCUGAUGAUGGUCAGUUCGAAGUCUGGAGCAGGUAUCAGAAGUUUAAGAACGGCGCUGACUAAGAUUGCCCGGUUUGCAAAACUGUAGAAGGAUCAUUGGCUAUUUCGGUGAGCUACUUAAAAUCACUUCUAGGAGUUCUGCCAUAUAGCAAAGAAACCGAUUCUUAGAAUUUCAAUAUUUGCUGCCUGAAAUAACAUAAAAAUGUCUUAAUUAGGCAGAAACAAACGCCUGCUCAAUGCCUCAAACGUUAAGUGAUCGCUGGAGGGCUAGUUUACAUGCAUACCAACACAUUCGAGCAGUAGGAUGGAUGCAAAUCCCGCAGACUACAAAAAAGAAGAGACUAUCCUUGACUCUCACAUUGCUUUGGGUGGUUCAGAAUGGCAAUUUGUUUUUGAAUUUUUGGUCAGAUUGGUAGGCAAUUGUUGAUGCUUCACAUCCCUUAUGACCCUGCUUAAUUUGUUAAGCAAAAGACUAUUCCUCUAAUUUCAUUUUGUGUUUUCUAUUUUGAUCUAUUCCAUAUUAUUUAUAUCUUUCCUAUUUGGUCAUAUUUAGUGGUAAGCAAUCGAUCAUAUAAUGAAUUUGAUUGAUGUCAGCUGCACAGCUUUAAACUAUCCCCUUGUCCCCUUAGUGGGACAAGUGAUUUUGCACUUGAUUUUCAAAAUACUUGAUGGGUGCUCCCAUUUUAUUAUUAGAAUUGAGCUUUUCACUCCA